AUGGGAAAGAUGAAUUUGGUAAACAUUAGAGAUGUAUUGACUUCUUACAGUCCUGCUUUAGAUUAUCUCGCUCUUAGCACCGGAGAUGGCCGUAUCAAGAUUUGGGAUACUGUCAAGGGUCAGGUCCAAACAGAGUUUGCUGAUAUUGCAUCUGCAGAAGAGACGAACAUAUAUACCAAGGUUGGGAAAGGUCACCUCUCGGUUGAUUAUACGUGCAUGAAAUGGUUGUCUUUGGAGAAAAAGAAGAAGAGAAAACUUGGAACUUCCAUAUUGGUAUUAGGAACUGGUGGAGGAGAUGUUUUAGCACUUGAUGUGGCUUCUGGUCAGCUGAAAUGGAGAAUAAGUGACUGUCAUCCCGGUGGUGUCAAUGCUGUAUCAUCUUCUACAAAGGCCUCCUGCAUUUACAGCGGCGGUGCAGAUGGGGUGGUUUGUGAAAUUGAUCCCCAUAGUGGAAAUCUGAUCAGAAAGUUCAAAGCUUCAACAAAAGCUGUUUCUUCUCUCUCUGUUUCACCAGAUGGAAAAAUAUUAGCCACUGCAUCUGCUCAGUUGAAGACUUUCAAGUGCUCUGAUCUCAAGAAGAUACAGAAGUUUACUGGUCAUCCUGGAGGUGUGCGUUGUAUGGCUUUUACCGAGGAUGGGAAAUACAUACUCUCGUCUGCAGUUGGUGAAAGAUACGUUGCAGUAUGGAAAACAGAUGGUGCUAAGAAGCAGUCGGCUAGCUGUGUCCUUGCCCUGGAGCAUCCUCCCGUCUUUGUGGAUAGUUGGGGUGAAACAGAGGAGAAAGGGUUGUACGUUUUGGCAAUUUCAGAAAUAGGUGUCUGUUAUUUUUGGUAUGGAUCAAAUGUCGAGGAGCUAUGCAAUGCAAAACCGACAAAAGUCGCACUAGCAACUGAAGAUUCUUCGCUUAAACAUCACAAGGGCUCAUUGCCUAUAAUCUUUGCUGCAAAAUUACAAAGCAUAUUGAAGCCUGGUUCUGCGCAUGCAUUUAUUGCGUCUGGAUUACUGGUGAAACCCACAUUCCAGAAAAUGGUGUUGCAGUUUGGCACCGACUUGUUGUUGAGUGCCUCCAAGAAUGGGAUCCUUCUCCCCAUCACUCAGUCAUUUUCUAAGUCCAAGAAAGAGCAAGGCGUGCAGAAUAGAGUUACAACACUAGACCGAGCACAUGCGGAGGAUGCUUUGCUGCCAAUUGCAAGAGUUGCUGAUCUGCACGAGAAAAAGAGUGUACAAACACACUCAUCUGAUAAAGAUACAGACAUGGUUGACCAAAGCCAAGAGGGUGAGUUUUACUUGAAGUUGACUAUCAGACCUCUCAUUAACACAAUCAUCGUACUAAUGUAUACCGUUUGAUUGUUUUGGCUCUUUUAGUAUAUAUACUCAGAUGCUUCAGUGCAAGAACUGAUGUGGCCUUUUUGUUUUGAAAUUUCAGAUCAUGUAGAAACAUUUAGCAUGGAGGAUAAAUUGAGAUCAUUAGGGAUACUUAAAGGCACAGAUGAACCAAACAACCUUUCCUACGCUUCAGUAAUUGAUGGAAUUGAUCUUGAGGCUUAUCUACCACCAAAGAAGUUAAAGUCGGCUGUUUUGUCAAUGGCACCCUCCACUGCGUUCAAGAACCUAGAAGCUCUGGUUCUUAUGUGGCAGACAAGGGGAUGUGGUGGGAAGCAUCUUCUUCCAUGGAUAUACAGCAUAAUGGUGAAUCAUAGUCAUUACAUCAGGUCCCAAGAACCAAAAAACGAACAGCUGCUUAAUACAUUGCAUAAGAUUACCAAGUCCCGAGGAACAGCUCUUCAACAGUUACUACAGUUAUCUGGGCGCUUACAACUUAUUACAGCCCAGAUCAAUAAAGCUGCAGGGAAUCAGACUCUAGCAACAGGUCAGGAUCAAGAGAUUGAUGAAACUGAGGACGAGGAAGAAGAUGUAGAAGAGCAUAUCUACGGUGAGAAUGAUAAUGAAUCUGAAUUAAGCAGCGACGAUGGAAAGGAUAAAGAUGACACCUUGAUGGAGGAGAUGUAAGCUAAUAAGUGAAAAGAGUAGAGAGAAAGGAGCUUCGCUUCUUCUCACGUUUUUGACUUUCCGAGUUUUGUUGCCUACUAGAAUUCGUAUUUUUGAGCCCAAGAGAUUUACUCAUUUCUCGUUGCACAGAAUGAUGCCAAGUAAACAAAUCGCUUUUUGUCGAGUGAACAAGACUUUUCUUAUAAUUGAAUUGAGAAGCACCCUGAAAGAACGAACCAGAUUUAUUUUAUUUUCAUUUGCUCUCUGCUCCUUACAGAUGAAACAAAACUUUUGUUUAGACACGAGUUUGCAGAAAAUAUGACAGUGGCAUGCAAUGGACCAGUACAAAGAACAUAUAUCAGACACAUAAUGAAUCUGAAGGUCUCUUUAAUACUAAGUGUUACUUAUUAGUGUACCAAAAGGCCUUCAGCCACAUACACAUAGCGUUUACCAUUCUUUUCAUCUCGGCUGAUCUUCUUGGAUCCGGCUCUUCAAUUGCUCUCUCUGUCAGUACAUGCUUUAUGCGACACAUUGAAUGUUCCUUUGGAAUGCGUUCAGGGUUUGCCGCAGAUUCACAUCCCUAAAAAGAAUUCUGCAAAAACAGAGGAAUACCAAAAGGAACCAAAAAACAGAGAUCUUAUAUGUUUCACAUCCGCCAUGGCCACCGCUCUUUUUUUUUUUUUUUUGAAAAGAAUGUUAAAUUAUAUUCUGGCCAAAAAAAAGAACGUUUUUACAUCAGGAGCAGCUUUAGUUUAGAAAGAUCGAAAGAGACAGAGAUUUUAAGAACAGUUUAAUAGUUAGUGAGAGAGACUAUCAGCUUCUAUCAGCUUCGAGUCGCAAACCACUUGGCGAGUGCAUCCUCAUAAGGGGCCUCCGAGAGUUGGACUAUCCCCCAGUCUCCUAUCUCCCACAUGUCAUCGCUUUCCAGCUUGAACUCAAAGAGAAGCUCGCUGGAAGUCACGUCCGGUUUGACUGUGAAUAUGUACAGAUGCUCUGGUAAAGGCGAAUAUAUAGUAUGAGCAUACAUGCCCUUUCUAUACAUAACAUUCAAUCCCGUAGAGUUGUCUUUAUAGCAAGCGUCAUCCUCAUCGUCACCUUUAUAAACCAGCAAGAUGCAAGCCUUAAAUCGCAUGGAUGUAGGAAGAGGCCUUUCAUUCAGCUUAAUAGUCAUUCAGCUUAAUAGUCAAUGGUUUCGCAUUCGCCAUGGCCACCGCUCAAGCUCUCAUCGUGUUCAUCAACACGAAGGGAACUCCGAGAGUUGGACUAUCCCCCAUUCUCCUAUCUCCCACAUGUUAUCGCUUUCCAGCUUAAACUCAAAGAGAUGCUCGCUGGAAAUCACAUCCGGUUUGACUGUGAAUAUGUACAGAUGCUCUGGUAAAGGCGAGAAUAUAGCAUGACCAUACAUGCCAUUUCCAUACGUAAGAUCCACUUCCGUCGAGUUCUCUUUAUAGCAAGCGUCAUCGUCACCUUUAUAAACCAGCAAGAUGCAAGCCUUAAAUCGCAUGGAUGUAGUAAGAGGCCUUUCAUUCAACUUAAUAGUCAAUGGACCCCCACCAGUCUUGUACACCUGGUAAGACCGCACUUGUUCCACUAGUCUUGAUGACGAGGUCUCUCGCCUCUUGAUUCAGUUUGAAGCAGUUGGCAAAGUCGAGCCAAACAUCUGGAUUGUGAAAGGAGCACUCUAUUAUCUCCAGGGACUCGCAAUCUCUUGCAUCUACGAGAGAGAUGGAAUCCGAAAUGGGUGGGAGUGAUACCAACUUUCGGCAUCCCCUGAGCACGAAAAUACUCAGACGAGAGAAUUUCUUGACCCACGGAGGAAACUCUUGUAAUUCCGUAUCGCUCCAGUGCAGAGAUGUGAUUCUUUCAAGAGCAUGAGGGAAUUCCUCGAGGUUUUCAAAGUAUGACAUACUCAACUCCUCAAGACGAGGCCAUGACCUGAUCGAGGGCGGCACUUCAUCUAUUGCAGUUCCUCUGAGGUCGAGAAUUCCAAUGUUUGUGGAGAUCUGAGGAAAACUUUUCAACGUGGAGCAUCCACAGAGAUCAAGUUCAUGCAAAGAUUCCAAGUUGAUGUCGGUGGGAAGAGCCUCUAGCUUACCGCAUCCUGUUAAUACCAACCUCUGCAACUUCUGAAGGUUUCCAAUAGAGAGAGGAAGUUCCACCAGGUUUGAGCAAUUACUAAGAUCCAACUCCUCUAGAUUGGUGGCAUUCCCAAUGGAGGAAGGGAGCUCCAACAGAUUUGGGAAAAUACUCAGAUCCAGUUGUUUGAGAUGAAGGGGGUUCCCAUGGAAGGAGCCUCUACCGAGAUCCAAAGAUCCCAAGUUGAUGUUGGUGGGAAGAGCCUCUAGCUUACUGUAUCCUGUUAAUACCAACCUCCGCAACUUCUGAAGGUUUCCAAUAGAGGGAGGAAGUUCCACCAAAUUUGAGCAAUUACUAAGAUCCAGCUUCUCAAGAUUGGUGGCAUUCCCAAUAUAGGACGGGAGCUCCAACAGAUUUGGGAAACUACUCAGAUUUAGUUCUCGGAGAUUAACGGCAUUCCCGAUAAAGGACGGAAACUCCACAAGACUUGAGCAUCCACCCAUAUCUAAUAUCUUGAUUCUAGUGGCAUUUCUAUCAAAGGACGGGAGUUUGAUGAGACUCGAGCAAUCGUGAAGAUUCAAUUCCUCAAGGUUAGUGGCAGUUGAGAGGUCUGGAAGCUCCUUCAAGUUUACAGAACGACUCAAAUACAUCCACUUUAGACUUGGAAGCGGCUUAACCCCUUCCCACAACUUCUCAAGCUUGCUUUCACACAUGAUUAGUUCGACAAGGAACUCCAAGUUCACAGUAGAAGGCAAACAUGUCAUUGGAAAACGACUCCAAUGUAGCAAUCGGAGUUUACGAGAUAGAUAGUUUAGAGCUCUCGAUACUUGCAAUGUAUUGCCGCCAUAACCACGGAAACUUAAGAAUUGGAGAUUAGACAUUCCUUCAAAGGCCUUCUCACUUAUAUCUAAUUCUUUCCCGAUUCUGUCGUAGUAACCUAUGCCAAUGACACUUUUACUACCCUGAAACACCAGUCAGUACUUCACAAAUCUCUCUUUCAUCGUGCAGGAACUGGCGCUGUCCAGGCUCAUCAAUAGAUUGUUUGCAAACGAUUUCUCUACCUAGUUUUUCUAGCAAACUGUGCAUCUCUACAUGUCUUGAGUCGAUAGAUAUGAGAGAUUUCUCAGCUAAGGCGUUAAGUCUUUGCCUCACUUCCACGAACUUCUUGGCAAGAUACUCUUCAACUUUGUCAAUCUUUCUAUAGUUGAACAAGCAGGCUAUAUGAAGAAAUAAAGAUUUAUCUUCAUCAUCUAAAGCAUCAUAGCUGAACUUCAGAAUGCUUUGAAUAUCAGAGUUUAGGCUACUCUUUAAUCUUGGUAGUGAAUCUGUCCACUCUCGCUUGGACAUUCCUCGAAAGUAGGAACCCAUAACCCUUAGCCCCAAAGGUAGUUUACCAACAAGUCCUGUAACUUCCCGAGCAAGCUCCUCAAAACCAUCUUUAGGGGACUUUUGACGAAAAGCAUACAUGCACAACAUUUGAAGAGCUUCAUCAGUUGAUGGAAACUGCACCUUGUAAAUAUGGCUAAUCCCAUGUGCUCUAAAAAGUCUUCGAUCUUGUGUUGUAACGAUAAUUCGACUCCCAGGACCAAACCACCAAGUCUCUUUCGCCAUCGCAUCUAGUUGUAGUAACUGGUCCACGCCAUCAAGAACGACAAGAACUUUCUUGUCUUUCAACCUAUUUGAGGCAACUCCCAAAUGAGAAACCUCAAUAUCCUUAUGGUUAGUUAUUCGAGACAUAAACUGUUGUUGUAAUUGCAACUUAACGCUGUAGUCAUCGGAACAAGGUCCUGUAUAGUUUGCUUUGAUAUUGUCCAUAAAGACACUCAGUUGAAAUCCGUCAGAGAGUUGGUUGUAUGCGACUCUAGCGAUUGUGGUCUUCCCAAUCCCAGGAGGACCCCAAAUCCCAAUCAUCCUCACCUCAUCUGAGUCUAGGCAUAACAACGGUUUCAUUUUUUCCAAAUGAGCUCUCAUCCCAACGAACCCUUCGAAAUCACUUGAUGGUGUGGUAUUGUUCAAAAGCUACAAGAGUAUAGUGCAAGUGGAAAUCAAAAGAACAAUACCAAUUGCUUGAAUGAUAACCAGCGAUUGUGGCCACUUUUGACAAAGCUUGCCUCCAUCUCUCAGUGUCCUCCUUUCUUCUACGAGCACAAGUUUUUCUAAAGACUUUUCCAAAGUCUCCUUGCAGCUUAUUAACUUCAGACGGAUCCACUUUGUAGAAGAUGGCAAUCACGGUUUGACCCAACUCUUCUCUGCACUUCAUAAUCUCAACCAGCUCCUCAAGACACCAUUUUGAAGAAGCGUAGUUCCUUGAGAGCAAGAUGACUGCGAUCUUAGACCCUUUAAUCGCGCUGAUGAGCUCGGGACCGAUAGAUUCUCCUCUUUUGAUCUCGUUAUCAAUGAAAGGAGUGAUCCCUUUUCUUUGAAACUCCAUUUGAAUGUGACUGAGAAAGUCUCUGCGGACAUCUUCCCCGCGGAAGCUGGGAAAGACAUGAUGUGUCCAGAUGCGAGGAGAAGAAAGUGGAGGAACUGGUGAAGGAGACAAAGAAGAUGAAGGUGAAGAAGAAGAGUCCUUUUCUUCGUUAUCCUCAUGGAAUCUGAGUUUUCUCAAAAGAGCCAAGAGCCCUAUUGCAGCAGCGACGGUGGUAAGGAAAAAAGAAGAAUCCAUUAGUUAGUAGUUAGUAUGAUGGAAAGAGGAAGAGUAUGUGUGGAGGAAGAAAUUAUUAGGCUUUGUAUACAUUGAACACAGAACGUU